AUGUCUUAUAAUGACGGAUCAGAAGAAGAGAAAGAUAGUAAUACAUACAUGGACGAUGAGAAGAGGAAAAAAAAGAAAAAAAAAAAAAUAAUUAAUAAUAAUGCCUAUGCAUUAAUAAAUGAAGUAAAUUAUUCUCAGGAAGAAGAACAAGCAAUUAAUCAUAACACCUAUUCAGAAGAUACAACAAGUAAUAGGAGAGGAAAUAGUUGUUUACAUAGUUUGAGUGAUAGAAAUGUAGAAGAUCAUAUUAUUAGUCUCCCCGAAUAUUUAGAUUUAAUCAAUAAUAAUAAUAGUAAUAAUAGUAAUAAUUAUAGUAAUACUUAUAAAAAGGAAAAGAAGAAAAAAAAAAAAAAAAAAAAAAAAAACCAAACAGAUGAAGAAAAUAUUAAAAAUAAAAAAGAUGAUAUAUAUGAAAAUAAUAUGAAGGACCAACAAAAUGAUUACAAAAAAAUAAAUCAUAAUAACAUUAACAACAAAAAAAAUAAAAUAUUUUGUCAAGAUGAUCAAAACCAAUUCAAUAUUAAUCAUGGAUUUCAAAUGGAUGAGAAUCUACGAAAUAAUAUUAUAAUCCAACCGAGUGACACUACACAAAGUAAUACUUAUUUAAAUGAAUCUAGAGUUAGUCAAAAUGAUGAUGAUAAUAAUAAUGAGGAGUCAUAUAACGAAAUGGGUAUGUUCAAAAAAGUAUUUUACAGGAUAAAGAAAAUUAUUGUUGAUAAAAAAGGAACUCCAAUAACGAAUGAAAAUGAUGUAGAUAAUAAUAUGUGUGAAUUGAAUAUUAUGGAAAAUAAUAUGAACACUAUUCAUGCGAAUAACAAUAAUAAUGAUAAUAAUAUAAAUGAUAAUACAUGUACACAUAUGGAUAAUAAUAUAGAAGAAGAACCAAACGAAGAGAUGUUAGUCAUAAAUAGAAAUAUGGAUGUAUUAUAUAAUAAUACAAGAGAAAAUAUAAAUAGUAAUACACAUUUAUCUAGACAAAUGAUAAAUUUAAGUGAAUUGAAUCCAAAUGAUCUUUUAUGUAAUAUAAAUGAGUAUGAAGAAGGACAAAAUAAUAAUUCUUUAUGGAAUAAUAACAAUAAUAAUAAUAAUAAUAAUUUUAUGGUUGAUAGUUUGAAUUCUCUUCAUCCUAUUAAUCAUAAUUUAACAAACCAAAAUAUACAAAAUGACAAUAUAAAUAAUAGUCAUAUUAAUUAUGGUUACAAUAAUUCUUAUGAAAACAAUAUACAACAUAUAUUACUCUUUAGUUUUAAAAAUAUAUUCAAUAAGAUAUCUUCAUAUAUAAAUGAACAUAUUACAAAUAUAAAAGAAAAAAUAAAAAAGUAUUGGCUAGAACGAGUAGAAGAAGCUAAUACACAAUUAAAUAGUCCUAGACCAGUACCUACAAGAAAUACAACAAACACAAACACAAAUAGUAAUAAUAAUAAUAAUAAUAAUAAUAAUAAUAAUAAUAUUAAUAUGAUUGAGGAUGAAAAUGAUGAUCCUAGUUGUGUUCAAAUACUUUUUUUUAUGGGUCUAAUAUGUAAGUUCCCUAUACUUUGGAUUAUUGGUUCUAUUGUUUUCUGCAUUACUCCAAGUGAACAUAGAAAGACAAAAACAUGGUCUCUAGUAAAUACAUUUUUUGCUCUUCUAAGCAUUAUAUUCUUUAUAACUAAUACUAAUUUUCGUUUAAGAAAACCAACGUUUCUUGUAGUACUAGAAAAAAAUAUAGAAAAUAAAAAUAUAUAUCCAAAAGGAAUAUUAAAAUAUGAUAAUAUCAUACAUCAUAAACAUAUAAUAAUUGAUCAAUCUUCAUUAUAUAAGUGGAAAGAUUUACACACAAACAGAGUUUACAAGACAUCACAAAAUUAUUUUUUAAAUAAAAAUUUUAUUUCAUCCCAAAAACCGGAUUCAAACAUAUUACUAAGCGAUACUAUCUAUAAACUCCUAAAUCGGAUACAAGUAACAGUCACUUUCGGAAAAGGAAAUAUUUAUUCAAGUGAUAAUAUUCAAAAGAUAAAACCAUUUCUUCAAAAUAUAAAAACAAACAUGGACCCAAUUUCGUAUGAAAAACUUACCAUGACAGAUGAAGACAUCCCAGAUGACUUUUUUGGAAGUGGGCUAAGAUGCGAAAAAACUCACAAUAAUCAUAAUGAGAAUAUAAAUGAAACACAACAAAUUAAAGAAAAAGAAAAAUGGUACCUCUUUUGGAAAGAAGAAGAAAUAAAUAAUUCACAUAACAAAAAUAUUUACAAUAUUUCAAUUCCUGUUGGUGAAAUAUUCUUCUUCAAAAGUGAAUAUAAUUGUAGAAUAGCUUUUCUAUAUCCAAAGUCUAUUCUAUAUGAUCAAAACGAUAUUCCCUCAAAUUUUGUUGAAAUACAAAAAAUUAUAAUAAAACCAUUUUAA